AUGGUUCUCGCAAAAUCCAAAAAGAGUGUGGGGCUCGGCAAUGCCUUGAUGAAUGAUCGGUUUGGCAAGGGCAAAGGUACCGACAGGAAGAAAACGGCUGCUAUUACAAGAACGAAUCAUGCUACUGGAGAGCAGUACCUUGUGAACGAGAAGCAAGAUGCCGCGUGGGUCAAGAUGCGGUCCGUCACAGAGCAAGGUGCUCUUGAUGAAUUCUUGGCCACGGCGGAGUUGGCUGGUACCGACUUUACAGCCGAAAAGAUGAAUAACGUCAAGAUUAUCCACACGGAUCAGAAGAAUCCCUACCUGCUAUCUGCACACGAGGAGCGCGCAGUGCUGGGCAAACAUCGAAUGCACAAGAACCGCCUGACGGUUCCCCGGCGACCAAAUUGGGACUCCACGACUACUCCCCAGGAACUAGAUCGGGCCGAGCGAGACGCCUUCCUCAACUGGAGACGCGGCCUGGCAGAACUAGAAGAAAACAAUGAUCUUCUCAUGACACCCUUUGAGCGGAACUUGGAGGUGUGGCGUCAGCUAUGGAGGGUUAUCGAACGAUCAGAUCUUGUUGUGCAAAUCGUCGACGCCAGGAAUCCCCUGCUCUUCCGUUCUGCCGAUCUGGAAUCCUACGUCAAGGAUAUCAACCCGAAAAAAGAGAACUUGCUCCUCAUCAACAAGGCAGAUAUGAUGACACCGACACAGAGGAAAAUGUGGGCGAAACACUUGAAAAUGGCUGGCAUCGCCUACAAGUUCUUCUCGGCGUAUCUGGCCAAGGAGAUGAAUGAAGCAAGAGACCAAGACAGCGACCUGGAGGAGAAUGUGCGCCAACAAUCAGACAGUGGCCUCGGGAAGCAGUCCGCAAGAGGUGGUGGCGUCUUGUCCGACCAAGAGGAGGAGGAGGAGGAGGGCGGGGCCGAAUCAGAAGCUGGCGACGAGGAUACUCGAAUCCUCACCGUCGAGGAACUCGAGGACAUAUUCCUCCGAUAUGCCCCUCAGGAUGCCGAAGCGGAUCACAAGUUACAGGUGGGAUUGGUGGGAUAUCCCAACGUGGGUAAAUCAUCCACCAUCAAUGCCUUGAUUGGCGCAAAGAAGGUGUCUGUAUCCUCAACUCCCGGAAAGACGAAACAUUUCCAGACCAUCCACUUGAGCGACAAGGUCAUAUUGUGCGAUUGCCCUGGUCUGGUGUUCCCCAACUUUGCCUUCACCAAGGCGGACCUGGUCUGCAACGGUGUCUUGCCUAUCGACCAGAUGAGAGAAUUCAACGGCCCUGUCGGCCUCGUUUCUCAGCGAAUCCCCAAGCCUUUCCUCGAGGCCAUAUACGGCAUCCACAUCAAGACGAGGCCAGUGGAGGAAGGCGGCACUGGCGUCCCGACAGCCGAGGAACUUCUUCGUGCCUACGCCUCGGCCCGAGGAUUCUCGACCCAGGGGUUAGGUCAGCCGGAUGUAGCCAGGGCCUCCCGAUACGUUCUCAAGGACUACGUCAACGGAAAGCUGCUCUUCGUCCACCCACCCCCCGGUAUCGACGACGCAAGGGCCUUCAACCGCGAACUGUACAGUGAGCUCCAUCUCCCCGAGAAGCGGAGAGCCGCUCUCGUCACAGCGACGGAUUCCAUGUCCUUGGCAGACGACGCAAGCGCCGCCACCGACUUGGACAUGGUGGGCAUCCCCGCCGAAACUGGUCCCAAGACGCAAAGAUUGGACGCUGGGUUUUUCGGCGACAAGGGCACCCGAGGCCAUGUGGCCAUGCCUUUCAACCACAAGUACACAGAGCAAGGCCUCGCCGCUGGGAGAAUGCUCAGUGGCAGAAAGGCCCGGACUGCUGUGGCGUUGGAGGGUGGGCUGGACCCCAAAGAUAUGCGGUUGGGAAACGGCAAGAAACAUUUCAAGGGCGGAGCAAGGAUGGGCAAGGGGAAAAAGGUCCGGACGAGGAAUACAGACCGUGACGAAAGUGAUUAG